AUGAUUUUCCCGGAAAUCAAAUCAUCCCAUAAUUUCAUCUCCCCUUCACCACCACCACCACUAAUACCUCUCAAAUCCGUCACAAGCUUUGAUUUAAGCAGCAAAAUCAGCCCAAACAUGCUCCUAAUAAUCAUAAUCCUCUCGAUCAUCUUCUUCAUCUCCGGCCUCAUCCACAUCCUCGUCAAAUUCCUCCUCACACCAUCGACGCAAAACAGAGACUCUUACUUCGACGACAACGACGUCACAGCUCUCCAAGGCCAGCUUCAGCAACUCUUCCACCUCCACGAUUCCGGCGUCGACCAAUCACUAAUCGACACGUUACCAGUUUUCCAUUACAAAUCCAUCGUCGGCCUCAAGAUCUCACCUUUCGAUUGCCCUGUUUGUCUCUGCGAGUUCGAAACAGAGGACAAACUCAGGCUAUUGCCUAAAUGCAGCCACGCCUUUCACGUUGACUGUAUCGACACGUGGCUCCUCUCUCACUCGACUUGUCCUCUUUGCAGAUCUAAUCUCCUCCUCUCUGACUUCUCCUCUCGCCAUUAUCCAAGCUCCUCGUAUCUCCUUGUUCUUGAGUCCGCGAGUGAUCGUCAAAGCUCGAGAGAUAUGGUUCCUGUUCCUGAAGCUAAUGAUCUCGGGUCGACCCGUGUCGGGUCGGGUCGUAAAUCAUGCGACCCGGAUGUUGAAUUGGAUGGUUUAGGUGAAAAGGUUGUUCCUUUAGAAGUGAAGCUAGGGAAGUUUAGGAACACAGAACAUGUUGGUGAAGGUAGUAGCAUUAGUGGUAGUAGCAAUGUAGAUGAAAGGAGAUGUUUUUCAAUGGGAACAUUUGAGUAUAUUAUGGACCAAGAAGCUACACUUAAGGUUCACAUUCCGACAAAGAAAUUGUCCGGCCACAGAGCAGUUAUGUCGGAAUGCUCUUUUGAUCCAACGGUUAAGGGAAUUGAGAAGAGUGUUGUGGAAAGAGAGAGCUUUUCUUUGUCGAAAAUUUGGCUAAGGGGUAAAAAAGAGAAGCAAAAGGGUAGAGAUCAGGAAUGUUCUUCGUUGUCUUCUUCUUCAAUCCGAUUUCCUUGCCAGCAUGAUCCUCGUGAGCUUAAGAAUGGGAUUGGUAUUGAUGAAGAGAAUGAAAAGAGAGAAAAUCCGGAGUCUUUGGAGACGAAAACGCCAUCUUUUGCUAGGAGGACUAUGCUUUGGCUUGGAGGGAGACAAAACAAGGUUGUUCAUCCUUCUUCUACAUCCCACGUCUAG